AUGGCGCUUGCCAAUGUGCCUGCCACGGCAGGCUCGUCUGUUUCGUUCGUGCCCAGUGCCAUCAAGGGUCUCUUUGUCGAGCAGUUUACGCCCGACUGGGAGAGCCGCUGGUCGGUCUCGCGCUCUUCCAAGCUCCAGCGUGGAGAGGAGGAGUUCAAGUACGAUGGUGAGUGGAAGGUCGAGGAGCCGCUCGUCUUCCCCGGCAUCAAGGGCGACAAGGGCCUGACUCUCAAGAGCAAGGCGAAGCAGCACGCGAUCAGCACCCAGCUCGAGAAGCCCAUCACCUUUGACGGUACCAAGCCCUUUGUGGUGCAGUACGAGGUCAAGCUCCAAAAGGGCCUGUCGUGUGGUGGUGCCUAUGUGAAGCUCCUGCGCGCUACCGAGGGCGGCCUGGCUGCCGAGGAGUUCUCGGACAAGACGCCGUACACGAUCAUGUUUGGUCCCGACCGCUGCGGUGGUACGAACAAGGUGCACUUCAUCUUCCACCACAAGAACCCGGUUACCGGCGAGUUUGAGGAGAAGCAGAUGAACCUGCCCACCAACCCCAAGAUCACCAAGACCACGACGCUGUACACGCUGAUUGUGCAGCCCGACAACUCGUUCCAGAUCCUGAUCAACGAUGAGCCCCGCACCAACGGCACGCUCUUUGACUCGUUCGAGCCCCCGGUCAACCCCCCGAAGGAGAUCGACGACCCGACCGACUCGAAGCCCGCCGACUGGGUCGACGAGGCGGAGAUUCCCGACCCCAAGGCCAAGAAGCCCGCCGACUGGGACGAGAACGCGCCGCCGAUGAUCCCCGACUCGAACGCCAAGAAGCCCACCGACUGGUACGAGGAGGAGGCGCUGAUGAUCCCCGAUCCUUCUGCCGAGAAGCCCGAGGAGUGGGACGACGAGGAGGACGGCGAGUGGGUCGCCCCGAUGAUCCCCAACCCCAUCUGUGAGGACGCUUCCGGCUGUGGCCCGUGGACCGCCCCGAUGAUUGCCAACCCCGCGUACAAGGGCAAGUGGACCGCUCCGAUGAUCCCCAACCCCGCGUACAAGGGCGAGUGGGCCCCGCGCCGUAUCCCGAACAAGAACUACUACGAGGACAAGCACCCCAACCGCUUCGCCCCGAUCACCGGCGUCGGUUUCGAGCUCUGGACCAUGGACGAGGACAUCCUCUUUGACAACAUCUACCUGAGCAACGACCCCGAGGAGGCGCGUGCGUUUGCCAAGGAGACCUUCCACGUGAAACUUCCCCUGGAGCAGAACCGCGAGACGGAGGACCAGCGUAACGACCCCGAAUUCGAGACCGGCCACCGCGCGCUGCCGAGCCUGCCUGAGCGCACGCUCUUCCAGAUCCGCCGCAAGACCGAGGUUAUGAUUACCCGCCUGCGCUACGAGCCCGACAAGCUGCGUGUCCUGCAGCAGUCCUACCCGAUCGUCGGCUUCUGGGCCGCGGUCGUGGCGGUGGUCUUGGGCCUGAUCGGCACGCUCACCUCGCUCGUCGGUGGCCGCGCCGCCCCCGCCCCUGCGCCGACCAAGAAGGUGGAUGCUCCGGCUGCCGCUCCUGCCACGGACGGCCCGGCGAAGUCCACUGCCGUCGGCAGCACUACCAAGGUCACCAAGCGUUCGGCCGCUGACGCCCAGCCACAGCCACGCACAUACGAUACGCACCAGUACUACGUAGCCGAGCUCGCACCGCGGCGUGCGUGCGGCGCCACGGAGGAGCACGUCGCUGCUGCGCUCGGCGCCGAGCUCGUGGAGCGCGUCGGCGCGCUCCCGCACCACUACCUGCUGCGCCGCGAAAAGAGCGAUAGCCUUGCGCGUCGGUCUGUAUACGCACUGGACGCCGAGGCGGACGAUGUCGUGCUGAAGCGCUUCCACGCGCUCCAGACGCCGGGGCUGUCGAAGCGCUGUGCCGGCGGCACCUGCGUGUCGGACGCUUGCGUACAGCAGACGCUGCAUGCCGUGGAUCGCCAGGUGCCGCGGCAGCGGCAUAAGCGCAACGUGAUCUACGAUCCCGAGACGAUGCGCGACGUGUACCCCGAGCUGCUUCCCCCGCACCCCGUGACCGAGGCGUGGAAAGGGAAACGCGACGCGCUCGAGGUGCGUGCGCCGGUGCCGAUCAACGCGACCAGCAAGUUUAUGGACGACUUCCAGGUGCACGAUCCUCUUUUCUACAAGCAGUGGCACCUGAUCAACCCGGUGGACCAAGGCAACGACCUGCGCCUCGACCAGGUCUGGCGCAAUGCCACCGGCCAGGGCGUGACCGUCGCGCUGCUCGACGACGGCCUCGACUUCCACCAUCCUGAUUUGAAAGACAACUUUAACGCAAAGAGCUCCUACGACUUUAAUGACCAUUCCGAGCUGCCCGAGCCGCGCUUGUCGGACGAUCUACACGGCACGCGCUGCGCCGGCGAGAUUGCCGCGCUCCCGAACGACUUUUGCGGCGUAGGCGUCGCUCCCAAAGCGCGCGUCGCCGGCAUCCGUAUUCUCAGUGGCCCGAUCACCGACGCGGACGAAGCCGCGUCGCUCAACUUUGGCUACGAAACGAAUUCGAUCUACAGCUGCAGCUGGGGACCACCGGACAAUGGGCAGAGCAUGGACGCGCCCCGCGGCCUGAUUGCCAAGGCACUGCUCAACGGCAUCUACAACGGCCGCGACGGCAAUGGCAGCAUCUUUGUCUUUGCUGGCGGCAAUGGCGGCGGAUCGGACGACCAGUGCAACUUUGACGGGUACACCAACUCGAUCUACACGGUGACCAUUGCGGCCGUCGACCACCUCGGCAAGCACCCCUACUACUCGGAGAUGUGCAGCGCGAUCAUCGCGUCGAGCUACAGUUCGGGCUCGGGGCAGAUGAUUACCACCACCGACGUGUCCAAAGGCACGAACCGGCGGUGCACGUCGAUGCACGGCGGCACGAGCGCUGCGGCGCCGCUAGUUGCGGGCAUACUCGCGCUGGCGCUCGAAGUGCGCCCCGAGCUGACUUGGCGCGACGUCCAGCACAUUAUCGUUCGCUCCGCCGUCCCGAGCAACACCGAGGACCCCGACUGGGAGCAGAAUGGCGCCGGGCGCAAGUUUUCGCACAAGUACGGUUACGGCGUCGUGCACGCCGCGCGUCUGCUGGCUGAGGCGCAAGCGCACAAGCUUGUCGCCCCCCAAUCGUGGUUUGAGAGCAAGAACCAGACCGUGCCCGAGCCCCUUUUGAAGCUCGACGAGCCCAAGGUCGCGGCAGUCGAGGUGUCGCAGGAGAUGCUCGACCAGGCUAACCUCAAGACGCUCGAGCACGUUACCGUCACGGUCUGGAUCGAGCACGACCGCCGCGGCGACGUCCAAGUCGAGCUCUUUUCGCCGCACGGGACGCGCAGUGUGCUUGCGAGCCCCCGGCGGUACGAUAGUGACCGCAACGGCUUCCCCGGCUGGACGUUUAUGUCGAUCAAGCACUGGGGCGAGGACAUGCGGGGCGAGUGGCGUCUCCAGGUGACGGACCGCGCGUCGAAAGAGCGCCAGAACCGCAUCCCUGGCAACUUUACCGCCUUUUCGCUCUCGCUCUGGGGCGAAGCCCAAGACGCGAGCAAGGCGCGGCCGUGGGACUUUCCCGCCAACUCGGAGGAGCACAAUCUGACGCUGUCGGCCGCGCCGUCGUCCACCGUGCUGCACUAUUCCGGCAUGCCGACGUCGACCAAGACGUUUGUCAAGCCCACGAAUGCGCUACCGGACGACCACCACACGGUCCCCGGCGAGACGCACGAAGCCUUUGGCAGCAAGGUGCAGCAGCCCGAAGCGGAUACGGGCUACCUCGGCGCGCUUGCGCGGCAGUCGACCUGGCUUGCGGUGGCCGCUGGCCUGGCGAUUGUCGCCGGCGCGUCGCUGUUGAUCUACUUUUACACGCGCCAGCGCGCGCUGCGUCGGUACGAGCACCUCCCGACCGACGAAGGCGAGAUCCAGCUCGGCGCGCUGCCUGGCGAAGGGGGUAUGCAGGCGCGGGAUCUCUACGAUGCAUUUGCACUCGAUGACGAAAGCGAGGACGAACCUGCAUCGCCCAAAAGAUCGCCAUAG